ACUAUUGCCCCCAAUAGUUCUUAGAACCAAAUCACUAUAAAUACAGUCUCACCCUGUACGCCAUCUACACCUGUUUAUUUAUUCAAUUCAAUCGGCUCCUAGCUCCCAAAAUCUCAGUAGCAUUUCGAUCUCAGAUCAUUCGAAGAAGUUCAAAUGGCGCACGACGGAAUUCUUCUAGGAAUGGGGAAUCCACUGUUGGAUAUUUCAGCUGUUGUCGAUCAGGAAUUUUUGGACAAGUACGAUAUUAAAUUGAACAAUGCAAUUCUCGCGGAGGAUAAGCACUUGCCUAUGUACGAUGAUAUGUCCUCCAAGUACACAGUGGAGUACAUUGCUGGAGGGGCCACCCAAAACUCAAUCAGAGUUGCCCAGUGGAUGCUACAAAAACCUGGUGCAACAAGCUACAUGGGUUCCAUUGGAAAGGACAAGUUUGGGGAGGAAAUGAAGAAAAACGCAAAGCAAGCUGGUGUUAAUGUUCAUUAUUACGAAGAUGAAUCCCCAACUGGGACUUGUGGUGUGUGCGUUGUUGGUGGCGAAAGGUCACUCGUUGCCAAUUUGUCAGCUGCGAAUUGCUACAAACCUGAUCACUUGAAGAAACCAGAAAACUGGGCUUUGGUGGAAAAGGCCAAAUACUACUAUAUUGCCGGAUUUUUCCUCACAGUUUCACCAGAAUCUAUCAUGCUUGUUGCUGAGCAUGCAACUGCAAAUAACAAGGUUUUCUCGACAAACCUUUCUGCUCCAUUUAUCUGCGAGUUCUUCAAGGAUGUGCAAGACAAAGUGUUCCCCUACAUGGACUAUGUUUUUGGAAAUGAAACAGAAGCAAGAGCUUUCUCUAAAGUUCAUGGCUGGGAGACUGAGAAUGUUGAAGAGAUAGCCUUGAAGAUUUCCCAAUUGCCAAAGGCAUCUGGGACCCACAAAAGAAUCACCGUGAUUACACAAGGUGCCGAUCCAGUUGUGGUUGCAGAGGAUGGAAAGGUGAAGCUGUUACCUGUCAUUCCAUUGCCAAAAGAGAAACUUGUCGAUACCAAUGGUGCAGGGGAUGCAUUUGUGGGAGGAUUUUUGUCCCAGUUGGUGCUAGAGAAACCCAUUGAAGAAUGUGUGAGAGCUGGUUGUUAUGCAGCUAACGUGAUUAUUCAGAGGUCCGGUUGCACAUACCCGGAGAAGCCCGAUUUUGAAUGAGCCACAUCCCUUGAUUUUCCAAUGGGCAAUCAUAUAUCUUAUUCCUAGUUGAUUUUUUCAAUAUCGAAAAAACUUAUGUCUAGUAUUGUUUUAGUAUUUGUAUUUGGCCUGCACUAUUCAUUCGUCGCAGCGUCCGGUUCUCUACACUGUAUUCUUGGUUGCCCUAAUAUCGUAUUUUUCGCAUUAAGCACUUCGUUAUUUGGGGGAAACCCGUCUUGAGUUUGUUGGAUUCGUGACACUUUUAUUUGAGAUUUUGUUGCAUCUGUAAUAAAAUUUCUGGGGUUAUAUUCUGCUA